AUGUAUUCCACGCUACGUCUCCCCUGGUCGGCUGACCCUCCGGGGCGCGAACAGGCCUACCGCGCGGCUGGCCUGGUGAGAACAAAAGGCACUUUGUUUCUCCUGCCUCCACCGGACUCAGUCCUCCGCGAGACAUUCAACGCCCCUCCCCGACCGAAAACGCGCAUGUCUUCUGGUGCCGUUGCACUAUGCAAGCACUUCGAACGUGGAGGAGCAUCCUCUGAGCAUGGUCGGGCUCAUCCCUUCUGGACUUUGCCCCGGGGUAGCAACGACAACAAGACGGAGAUUGCGAGGCAGAUCCUGGAGCAGAUGCUCGCCGAGGCUGUGUGGAAGAACGUCAUGCUUUUGCAUCACGGGGUAGCGGUCUAUGAGAUCAGAAACGCGAAGGGCUUUGGGAUGAGAUGGACCUUGGAUAUCAAAGAGAAGAAGUGCCACAACGGCGUCGACAGUGCUGCUACCAAGUGCGACGCGCAAGACGUCGAAGAUCAGGACGAUUUCGAGAAGGACUGGGAGGUCACCAGGACGACCUUCCGAGGGUUUCUGGAGCCGAUUGCUGGGAUGGAUCAUGAGUUGGACGGGGCAUGGCUGAGCAAAGGUGUCUGA